AAGAUGGCGGUUUUGACGUUUAUGUGUGUCAAGGUAAAUUGUCAAAUAAAAUAAUUUUAGAAGUUUUAAUUGGAAGCAUUACAACGGAUCUAAACUAUUCUACAAAUCGAAAACGGUGAUUUAUUGUAUUCAUUGAACUACGGCCAUAUUUUGUUCAAUAAUGUGUGAUCAAGUAUAAUGCUUCUUCGGACUUCUAGGAGCUACGAGGUUCCCAACCGUCGUCAGGCAUUUUAUCCAAAUUAGGACUCUUCCACGACUGGCGCGUCGUUUAGAGAAAUGCCAGGGACGUGAAAUUUGUGUGUGUUAUAAUUAGUGUUUGUUUCGCGAUGGGCGACAAGAUGAACGGAGAAUAUUUUCCUCCUGACACUGCAACCUUCAAUUACAACAAUGUGACGGGCGGUGGAGACAGCGCCAGCGGCGGCUCGGGCGGGUCGGGCAUGGAGUGCCUGCAGCUGCGCUCCCAGCCGGAACCCUUCCACUACCUCAUCUCGGAGCAGGCUAAGUCUCUCGUCGCCCUACAGGAACUCCAGAAUGAAGUCGGAGCUUUGCUCGAGUUCCGCGAUCUCGUCAUCGAGACAUUCCCGAAUCUUCGGUCGAAGAUGGCGCCGUCGACUCCCGCCAGUGGGACCCGUCGCGACUGGGAGCCCGGCGUGCGCGUGCGACGCAAGCUGGCCGGCGGCGGCGGCGACGCCACCCGCACCAAGCCGCAGCCCUCCGUCCAAGAUUCCGGCUUCAGCACCGAGACCUCCUGCGGGAAAGACGCUCAAUCAUCAUCCGCCUCCCGAUCCCGCCCGCUCGAAGACGAGCUGUGGGCACUCCUGGACGUCAUCCAAAGGAAAGGCGUCAGAUUACGGGACGAAGCGGAGUUGCUACGAGGCGAGCUCGACGAAAGACCCUCGGGCGACACGGCGGAGGAAUUGUUCGCGAGAGCGCUGUCGGGCUGCGGAGAGUGUUUGGACGUGAGACGACUUCGCAGCGAAAGGGAUGCGUUGCUCUCCAGAGCGGCCCAGCUCGAGGCCGAGGCGGCCGCCACGCCGCCGCGCGCGUCCUCGUCGCCGCUGGGCCGGCUGGACCGCGCGCUGGACACGCCGCCGCGGCCCCCGCGUGUGCCCACGCCGGAUUCCAAGAAGUUCGCGGCGAUUCUCCAAGAGAGCAAUCCCGUGGAACUUCAAAGACAACUCCUUAGCUCCACUGUACAGAAUCAGGUGUUACGUGAAUGGAUGAGCCGCGCUGUAAAGCAGCGCACGACAUUACUCGAGCGGCUGGAACAGGCCCGCGAUCUAAACGAAGACCUUAAAUUUCGGUUAGAAGAGAAGAGCGUCGAAUUAGACAGUGUAAAAAGUCGCGUGCGGCAGUUAGAGGGGGAGAGGGAGGUUUCGACGGAGCCACCCUCGCCGACGCCGCCCGCUGCCGCUCCCGCCCCUCCCGCCACGCCCGUCAGCCGCCGCGGCCACAGCCCGGAGCGGCGCUCGCACAGCAGCAUGCGCGACAUGCAGCCGCUGCCCAUGCCGGAGCAGGAGCCGCGCUCCACGCCGGACACGCCGCGGCGGCGGCCGUCGCGCAUCCCGCUGCACACGGCGCACAAGGGCGCGGCGCCGCGGCCGCCGUCGGCCGCGUCGGCUCGCUCGAGCGCGUCGCGCGGCCGGCCCUCGCUGCCGCCCGCGCCCGCGCCGCCGGCGCGCCGCACGCAGCCGCCUCACGAGAACAAGGUGCGCGCCCUCCUGGAAUACAUGUUCCAAUUCCAAAGAUUCCGGCCGAAAGUUACCGAUCCCAAACUAACCGUGUCGUGUAGUCGGCGAGCGUCGCGCGAUUCCGAGCCGGAGUUGUACCCGGACUCUCUCAACUUCGUCGUUUCGGAGUCUCGGGUGGGAAUAGUGACGGAGUACUUGGCCCGCUCCGAGCGACUGUUCUCCCGGCUGCGGCCGCGGUCGCGCCCGCAGCCGGCCGCGCUGCCCGACUACCGGCUGGCCUACCACUCGCCCCACAACCUGGCGCUAGAGCUCACCAAAUCCAUCCUCUACGAAUCCGCAGACCGCAUCGACACCACAGCCAAGUCCGUCGGUUCUGGAGACUCCCUAUGGAACGGCAGGCCUCAGCAGUAUUUCGAGAGCAUGAAUUACGCCGAAAACGACAACACGAAUGAAACCGAUUGCGAUAAUGAUUCUUUAGCACCUUGAGAACAUAACACUGCGUGUACUGUA